CUUGCUCCGCUCACUGUCCCCCACCACCUGUUCGACGGACCUCCUCCCCCGCGGCGGCCGCCAUGGUCUUCAAGGGCCGCUUCUUCUCCUCCCGCCACAAGUCCUCCGACUCCUCCUCCAGCCCCGACGGCAGCAACAGCCCCCGCACGCCCACCUCCGCGCCGGCCGCCUCCGCCUCGCCGGCCUCCUCCUCCGCCUCCUCCAGAUCCGACAAGAAGAAGCCCAAAUCCGAGACCCCCCGGAAGCGCGACAAGCUCUUCGGCUCACCCGCCGUCCCCGUCCCCGUCCCCGUCCCCUCGCCCAGGACCUCCAGCCCCUCCGCCGAUGCCAGGAAGGCCGCCCUCAGGGACGGGGCCUCCGCCGCCGCCCUCUCCCCGAUCCUCGCCUCCUCGCUCGGCCUCAACAAGAUCAAGACCAGAUCCGGCCCGCUGCCGCACGAGGGCCAGCGGAUGGCCGCCGCGCUCGGGAGCAGUAACCUCGCAAGGGGACACUCACAGGCGGGCACCACCUCCGCUGCAAAGGAAGUCAGGAAGGGCAUGAGCUCAUGGGCCGAUUCCAGUACUGGCAGUAAGCUGGGCAAGGGAAAGGCGGCCGAGCAGCCACUGCGCACUGCGGCAGCCACCGGCGUGGAACCUCCUACCGCUGCAAAAGCCAAGUCUAAUUCAUUUCGGAACCAUUCGGGAGAUUUGAGGACUCCGCCCCAAAUACCAGCGGCUGUGAGCGCAUAUGAUACCUGUGAAACACCAAAGGAAUCUGAGUCUCCGCGCUUUAAGGCCAUUAUGCAGGCCACCAGUGCACCAAGGAAGAGAAACCCUUCAGAUAUAAAAAGUUUCUCACAUGAGUUGAACUCCAAAGGGGUCCGACCAUUCCCAUUCUUGAAACCUCGAGGUGUAUACAACUUGAAGGAGGUAUUAAAAGUUAUUCAGAUGAGAUUUGAGAAGGCAAAGGAAGAGGUAAAUACAGAUCUGGCAGUAUUUGCAGGCGACUUGGUUAGUGUAAUGGAGAAGUACGCAGACUCUCAUCCUGAAUGGAAAGAAACCUUUGAGGAUUUGUUAAUACUUGCACGCAGCUGCUCUGUAAUGACACCAGGGGAACUUUGGCUACAAUGUGAGGGUAUAGUGCAAGACUUGGAUGAUCAACGUCAGGAGCUCCCAAUGGGUGUGCUAAAGAAGCUUUACACUCGGAUGCUUUUUAUCCUUACUAGAUGUACAAGGCUGCUCCAGUUUCACAAAGAGAGUGGAUUUGCCGAGGACGAAGUUGCCAUGGAUCAGCGAGAUAAGAUUAUACAAUCUGCUGAUAACAAGAUUUUAGCGCAAUCAGGUCCACAUGAGACAACAGCCAGAGGCAGCAAAAGCGAUGCAAGAAAAUCAUACAGUCAAGAGCAGCAUAAUCUGAAAUGGAGGAGAAGCCAGGAAAUAAAACCUGUUAAAAUUCUUAUGCCCCUUGACACUGAUAUUAAGAAAGAGGUUGAUUCUCCAACCAGAGAACGGAUAUCUUCCUGGAAACCUUUUCCAUCACCUGCUCCAAAGCCCCCCAAAGAACCCGCCUCUAUUAAAGAGGAGUCACCUACUAAGAAAACAGAUACACUCGCUACGGUCAUUAGUGGCGUUGAAUUAAUAAGCCCAGUAGAAUCUAUAUCACAUCAACCGCUUCCUCCCAAGCAUCAGCACAAGACUUCAUGGGGACACUGGUCUGACCAGCCAAAUAUUUCCGAAGAGGGUUCAAUAAUGUGUCGCAUAUGUGAAGAAUAUGUCCCUACUCAUUACGUAGAAAAUCAUUCAGCAGUCUGUGCAAUUGCUGACAGGUGUGACCAAAAAGGUGUAAGUGUUGAUGAACGUUUAGUAAGAGUUGCAGAAACACUUGAAAAGUUGGUCGAAUCUUAUUCACAGAAAGAUCUUAUCAAUGCUGUCAGCAGCCCAGAUGCUGCAAAAGUUCCAAAUCUGAGCAUAAAUGAAGAGUCUGAUGGUCCCUCUCCAAAACUGUCUGAUUGUUCUAGAAGAGGUUCCGCUGAUAUGCUUGACUAUCUCCAAGACGCUGAUAACACUAUUUCGUUGGAUGACAUAAAAAAUCUUCCUUCAAUGACAUGUAAGACUCGCUUUGGGCCAAAAUCUGAUCAUGGAAUGGCUACAUCAUCGGCGGGAAGUAUGACGCCUAGAUCCCCACUAACGACUCCAAGAUCAAAUCAUAUAGAUAUGCUUUUAGCUGGUAGAAGUGCAAUUAAUGAGAGUGAUGAUCUAACACAGAUUUCUGAACUUGCUGAUAUUGCACGAUGUAUUGCAAAUACUCCUCUGGAUGAAGAAAGUGCAUUAUCCCAAUUGGUUACAUGCAUAGAAGAUCUACAAGAAAUUGUCAAUCGUAGGAAGCAUGAAGCCCUCACAGUGCAGACAUUUGGCACUCGUAUAGAAAAACUCCAUCGGGAAAAGUACCUGCAGCUUUGUGACUCAGUUGACAUGGACAAGGUUGACUCGUCGAGUACCAUAAUGGAUGAAGAAGAUGAUGUGGUCCGUAGCUUAAGAGCAAGUCCUGUUCAUCCAGUCAAGGACCGUACUUCAAUCGAUGACUUUGAAAUCAUAAAACCUAUCAGCCGUGGAGCAUUUGGACGUGUUUUCUUGGCCAAGAAAAGAACUACAGGAGACCUCUUUGCUAUAAAGGUGCUUAGGAAGGCAGAUAUGAUUCGAAAAAAUGCUGUCGAGAGUAUAUUGGCCGAACGUGAUAUAUUGAUCACGGUCAGGAAUCCUUUUGUGGUCCGUUUCUUCUAUUCGUUUACCUCUCGGGAAAAUUUGUAUCUGGUCAUGGAGUAUCUAAAUGGAGGGGAUCUGUACUCAUUGCUGAGAAAUUUAGGGUGCUUGGAUGAAGAUGUUGCUCGUGUAUAUCUUGCAGAAGUUGUGCUAGCUUUGGAAUAUUUGCACUCCAUGCAAAUUGUUCAUAGAGAUCUAAAACCUGAUAACCUAUUGAUAGCUCAUGAUGGGCAUGUAAAGUUGACAGAUUUUGGGUUGUCCAAGGUUGGUCUUAUCAACAGCACAGAUGAUCUAUCUGGCCCUGCUGUUAGUGGGGCUUCAUUGUAUGGAGACGAUGAACCUCAGAUGAAUGAACUUGAGGAAAUGGAUCACCGAGCACGGAGACAAAAGCGUUCCGCGGUUGGAACCCCUGAUUAUUUAGCACCGGAAAUCCUUUUGGGGACAGGACAUGGUACUAGUGCAGAUUGGUGGUCUGUAGGUGUAAUUCUUUUUGAAUUACUUGUUGGAAUACCUCCAUUCAAUGCAGAGCACCCACAGACGAUUUUUGACAAUAUUCUUAAUCGCAAAAUACCUUGGCCACAUGUCCCAGAGGAGAUGAGUUUUGAAGCGAAAGAUCUAAUUGACAAAUUUUUGACAGAAGAUCCUCAUCAACGGCUAGGAUCAGAUGGUGCCUCUGAGGUCAAACAACAUCCAUUUUUUAAGGACGUGAGCUGGGAUACCAUUGCUAGGCAGAAGGCUGCCUUUGUCCCCUCCUCAGAUAGUGCAUGUGAUACCAGCUACUUCACCAGCCGUUACUCUUGGAAUCCAUCAGAUGAAAACAUAUAUGAAGCCUAUGAGUGUGAGGAUUCAAGUGAUAAUGGAAGCCUUAGUGGCAGCAGUAGUUGUGUGAGCAAUCACCAAGAUGACAUGGGGGAUGACCAUGGAGAGACCACUGAGUAUGAAUCUGGCCCAAAUGUCAAUUACUCUUUCAGCAACUUCUCAUUCAAGAAUCUUUCACAACUUGCAUCCAUCAAUUAUGAUUUGCUGACGAAAGGAUUGAAGGAUGAGACAACAAUGAAAUCUGAUACGUAGCAGUCUGUUUAUACCGAGGUCAAUUUAUUUGAAGUAACCAAACAGUUUAUAAGGUGCUGGCGUGGUGUAGAUUUUGUACAUAUGAAAGUGAGGCAUGGGCUCCUCUUAUUGAGGCUGUUCUUACAUCUCAUCCAGCGGAGUACAGUUUUGCGGUUACCUUGUUUUGAAACCAUUGCUGUGUCAUCGUCGAUGAUAACAUCCUUGACCAUAAGUUGGCACGAGUCACCUAGGAGCGCUGUUUUUUGCUUUCUUUUUCGCGUCUCAUCAUCGGCCGUGGGUGGUCAAGAUUGGUCAAGGUUAACUGUAUUCACAAGGUCUCAGAAAUUGUCAUAAUUGUGGCAGAUCAUUGGGAAUGUAGUAGGUUUCCCUGUA